AUGAACGCGCCCAACGGCGCCAUUCCGGUGCCAUCUGGCCUCCCGACACCCUCGCCAGACGACCUCGAACUCGAUCCAGAGGUCGAGGAGCUGUGGUCGUCGCGCGCUCUCCUCCUCGUCCUCCUCCUCCUCAUCCUGUCGUUCUGGGUCUCGUACUACCUCAAGGUCAGGCGGAUCCGCAGCAUCCAUGAGACCAUCAUCGCCAUGUUCAGCGGCAUGCUCGUCGGAGCCAUUGUGCGCAUCGCUCCGGGCCACGUCGUGCGCGACAUGAUCGCGUUCAAGCCGACCAUCCUCCUCAACGUCCUCCUGCCGCCCAUCAUCCUCAACAGCGGCUACCAGCUCAAGCAGGACAACUUUUUCCGCAACUUUGCCGUCAUCCUCUCGUUUGCCUUUGCCGGCACCUUCAUCUCGGCCGUCGCGCUCGGCGUCAUCGUCUACCUGUACUCGCUCCUCGGCCUCGAGAGCCUGUCGCUCACCAUCGUCGAGUGCCUCCUGUUCGGCUCGACCCUGUCGGCCACCGACCCGGUCACGAUCCUCGCCAUCUUCAACGCGCUCCACGUCGACCCAAAGCUGUACAGCGUCAUCUUUGGCGAGUCGAUCCUCAACGACGCCGUCGCAAUCGUCAUGUUCGAGACCCUGUCGCAGUUCCACGGCGAACAGAUCUACCUCUCGUCGUUCUUCCACGGCGUCGGCAUCUUCCUCCUCACCUUCUGCAUCUCGAUGGCGCUCGGCGUCGUCUUUGGCCUCGCGUGCAGCCUCAUGCUCAAGCACUCGGAGCUCGGACGGUACACCGAGAUCGAGGCGUGCCUCGUGCUCCUCAUCGCCUACACGAGCUACUUCUUCUCGAACGCGUUGACCAUGAGCGGCAUCGUCUCGCUCCUGUUCUGCGGCAUCACGCUCAAGCACUAUGCGUACCACAACAUGUCGCACCGGACACAGCGCACGACGCGCUACGUUUUUGGGUCGCUGUCGUCGCUCAGCGAGAACUUCAUCUUCAUCUACCUCGGCCUGAGCCUGUUCACCCAGAGCCAGCUCGUGUACAAGCCCAUGUUCAUCAUCGUCACCUGCAUCGCCGCCUGCCUCGCGCGGUACUGCGCCGUGUUCCCGAUCGCCAAGCUCAUCAACAUCGUCUUCCGGGCGCGCAACGCUCGCCUCCCCGGCAGCUCGCGCGGCGAGGAACUCCCGCACUCGUACCGCAUGAUGCUCUUCUGGGCCGGGCUCCGAGGCGCCGUCGGCGUCGCGCUCGCGGCCGGCAUGAAGGGCGAGCACGCCGCCGCCCUGCGCACGACCGUCCUCGCGACCGUCGUCUUUACCGUCGUCGCGUUUGGCGGCACGAUCGGCCGCAUGGUCGAGAUCCUCGGGAUCAAGACGGGCGUCAUCGAGGACGACGACGACGAGUCGGACGACGAGCAGGCCGGCGGUGGGCCCUUCCCGCUCGGCGGCGGUGCCGGCGGCCCGGCCACGUCGCACCACUUUGCGUCGCAGCAAUUUGCGCCGUCGUCGACCGUGCGCCCCUCGUACGAGCUCGAGUCGCCGUACAAGGACCCGCACUACGCCCAGCAGCAGCAGCAGCAGCGUCCGUCGUCGCGUCUCGGCGCACGGCCCUUGUCGUCGCGCGAGCAGCCGCGCGCGUCCGACCUGUCGCCCUCGUCCGACGACGAGUCGGACCCGGACGUGCUCCCGAGCGCCGGCGGCGGCGGGUCGGGCGUCGCAGGGGACCUCGGGAGCGCAGCGGCGGCGGCGGCGGGCGGGCUCGGCCAGGUGUGGUCGGCGCUCGACGAGCAGUACCUCCUGCCCGUGUUCAGCAACACGACGGCGAACCGGACGCACGCCGCGCGGCAGAAGAUGCGCGCCUCGGCGGCGGGCAGGCGAGGUGCGGCGCAGUCGCACGGCGGGUUUGACGGCGACGACGAGGACGACAGCGCGAGGAGCCCGUACGGCAUGGGCCGGAACCCUUCUUUCGGCGUGCGUCCUCUUCUCCCUCUCUCUCUCUCUCUUCCCUCUGCCUCGUCAUGA